AUGCCGGGUUCCCGAGGGUCAGAUGAUAUGACAGACUCUGUCGUGGAAGAAGAGGAGACUUCCAGCUUGCCUGUUCCCGUACUUGAUAAGCCGACCGAGGUGCUGGGACCCGCUGCGCUUUCUGUCCCGGAAGAACUAGCCAUCACGUGGGAAGAGGUUGCGGAGCCCUCCAGCUGUGGAGAACUUGGGCUUCUGGAGAAGGACGCAGCAGGGGAACCGGUGGCCCCAGCCACGCUUGUGGCUGGCGCUGCAGAGCUCUGGCUGCCCAGGGUGCUUGCAGCUUCCGAGGAUGCUGUCUCUUCAGUCGGGCUGGCUGCAUUCGGAGUGGUGCUCCUCAACGAUGCAGCAGGCGUCCCGUUGGUGCUAGUGGAGAGGUGAGGUGAGCUGUGGCGGCUGAGCUGGAUUCCACGGAGGUGUCCCGCACUCCGCUAGGAGAGGUCUGCCCGCUUUCCGAAGACGCGCUGGAUGAAGCCAUGAUGGAGGCACUGGAUGCUGGGCCUGCCGUCCAAGUGGUAGCCGGGCUCUCUGUUGCCACUGGUGCUGCGGAGCUCUUGUCAGCAGUGUGGGUUGUGGCCGAGAACACACUUGUCCCUGAGAUCCCGGGAGAUGUUUCUGAAGAAACGUGCUCCGUGGUGGUCACCUGAGGUAGCGCUUCAGAGCUGGAGGAUGCCGGGCUCCCGGAGGGUCCAGAUGAUAUGACAGACUCUGUCGUGGAAGAAGAGGAGACUUCCAGCUUGCCUGUUCCCGUACUUGAUAAGCCGACCGAGGUGCUGGGACCCGCUGCGCUUUCUGUCCCGGAAGAACUAGCCAUCACGUGGGAAGAGGUUGCGGAGCCCUCCAGCUGUGGAGAACUUGGGCUUCUGGAGAAGGACGCAGCAGGGGAACCGGUGGCCCCAGCCACGCUUGUGGCUGGCGCUGCAGAGCUCUGGCUGCCCAGGGUGCUUGCAGCUUCCGAGGAUGCUGUCUCUUCAGUCGGGCUGGCUGCAUUCGGAGUGGUGCUCCUCAACGAUGCAGCAGGCGUCCCGUUGGUGCUAGUGGAGAGGUGA